UAGUGCCACCUCCGAUACCGUUGCCAAAUGCUAUAAUAGCUCCUCCCCCAGCUUCCAACUUCACCUCCAAUCUCUCCAGGACAUCUUAACUCACUUUCCUCUCUCGCAAGCACAGAAUACCCAGAGGAAAUUCCCGCUUCGUCCAGAGAUCUUUGCAAGCUUCACAAUGCCUUCCUUCGUUGAGUCCCCCGUUCGCACGGAGAUUCCUGGCCCUGUCUCCAAGGCCAGCUCCAAGCGUCUGGAUGCCAUUUUCGAUGCCCGUGCCGUUCACUUCGUUGUCGACUACGACAAGUCUCACGAUAACUACAUCGUCGAUGUUGAUGGCAACAAGUACCUCGAUGUCUACGCCCAGAUUGCUUCCAUCCCUGUCGGAUACAACAACGACACUCUGAUCGAGGCUGCCAAGUCCCCCGAAAUGAUCUCCGCUCUCGUCAACCGUCCUGCGAUUGGCAACUUUCCUUCCGACCAAUGGGUCGAUAUCCUCCGUAACGGCCUCAUGAAGGUCGCCCCCAAGGGCCUAAGCUACAUCUUCACUGCUCAGUCCGGAUCUGAGGCCAACGAGCUUGCCUACAAGGCUGCUUUCAUGCUCUACAGUCGCCGCAAGCGUGGCGACGCUGACUGGAAUGAGGAGGAGAUCAACUCUUGCCUUGAGAACUCCAAGCCUGGCUCUCCUGAGCUCGCCAUCAUGAGUUUCAAGAACUCUUUCCACGGCCGUGGUUUCGGCUCCCUCUCCACCACCCGCUCCAAGGCUGUCCACAAGCUUGAUAUCCCUAGCUUCAACUGGCCCCAGGCCCCCUUCCCUGCUCUCAAGUACCCUCUUGAGGAGCACGUCGAGGAGAACGCUGCCGAGGAGAAGCGAUGCCUUGAAGAAGUUGAGCGCAUCAUGACCACGUGGCAUUGCCCCGUUGCCGGUCUCAUUGUUGAGCCCAUUCAGUCCGAGGGUGGUGACAACCACGCCUCCCCGGCUUUCUUCCAGGGUCUCCGUGAUAUUACCAAGAAGCACGGAUCCGUUCUCAUUGCCGACGAGGUCCAGACCGGUUUCGGUGCCACCGGUUCCUUCUGGGGACAUGAUCACUGGAACCUGACCUCUCCUCCAGACAUGGUUACCUUCUCCAAGAAGGCCCAGACUGCUGGUUACUUCUUUGGUAACGAGAUGCUCAUUCCCGAUAAGGCUUACCGUCAGUUCAACACCUGGAUCGGCGACCCUGCCCGUGUCAUCAUGUGCAAGGCUGUCAUCCAGGAGAUUCUUGACAAGAAGCUUGUUGAGCAGACGGCCCGCGUGGGCACUCACCUUUAUGCUGAGCUUGCGCGCCUUGCUGCCAAAUACCCUGAACAUAUCCAGAACCUCCGUGGAAAAGACCAGGGCACUUUCAUUGCUUUCGAUACCAAGGACCCUGCUGGUCUCGUUCGCUCCAUGCGCCAUAUUGGUGUGAACAUUGGUACUUGCGGCAAGAACACUGUCCGCCUCCGACCUAUGCUCAUCUUCCAAGAGGAGCACAUUCCUAUUCUCAUCAACGCCUUUGACAAGGUUAUUGGUGCUCUGUAAGCUGGAUUUAGCAGGAACAUCGAAAUGGGAUUGGGUUUCUACGCAUCAUGCCUUCUACUAGCGUUGCAUUGAUUUUAGUUUACAUUUUUCAAAGGGUUAUUCUGAGGAUCAAGGGGAAAAGAAAAGAGUUAUCAUACUGGUAAUACACUAGGUGUGGAAACAGAUAGGUGUCUAUCCAAACGGAACCGGAUCACAGAAGGCGUUUACCAAGGUUACUGGAACUUAAAAAGAAUUACGAUUACUUAAA